ACAGAAGUCGCCUGACCCCUUCGCAUUGUCAAAUCAAACACAGAACCUGCAUAUCUAGGACCAACGCCUUAUUAGCCAAAACAUAAGAAGAUGAAUUAUUAUUGUGCAAAACCUCAUUUCAUUUCUUUAAUUUUUGCCUUAAUGGCUCAACACCGUUGGUGUUUCUCAACGGUCCAGAUGAAGAGAACACCUUCGGAGCAGGCCCUGCCGAGAGUCACCUGCUCUGAUGGAAGGAUAAGAGCUGUUUUCGGUCCGCUUGUCAAAAGCAAUAUACAUGUUAAAGACAUGACCGGGGCCACAAUCCCAGUGCCUCAAUCGGAGGGGUCCUGUGGCGUGAAAGUGGGCAGAGAGAAAAACCAGGUCCUCUCCUUUUACAGCACAUAUGACAGCUGCUAUGCACAUAUUGAGGGCAGCAAAGUGAUCAUCCCUCUGCAUGUACAGCUGACCGGAGAGGAUCAAUGGUUCAGGGUAAAUAUCAGCUGUCCUCUGAUAAAGACAUACAGUGAGAGGACUCGACUUAUCCCAACACCCUUACCUAGAAAUUGUGACAUACAUAGACCUCUACGAGUGAACUGUGGACCGCAGCGCAUUUCUGGUGAUACCUGCAACAAACUGGGAUGCUGCUAUGAUGCUCAGGAUUUAAUCUGCUACUACAGACUCGAUACCUGCUCUCUGGACGGACACUUUGUGUUCUCAGUAAAGGCCACAGACAGAGACCCGCCCGUCGACCUCAGCAGCCUCAUGGUCAAGGAUCAGCCACAAUGUUUCCCUAUGAUCACCACCCCAGACAUGGCUGUCUUCAAGAUUGGAGUCACGGACUGUGGUGCAAAGAUGACUGUAAACGGAGAUGUGACGUUCUAUGAGGUGGAAGUGGAAGAGCUGCUUACUGAAAGUGUAACCAAAAAGUUGCCAUUUAGUCUCCAGGUCCAGUGUGCAUAUGACACAUCAGAUUUAAAGCGUGCAGCAGCCUUGCAGCCCUUGUAUGCAGUGACCAACCCGCCGCCUGUGGUUGCACUAGGAACCAUCAAAGUGCAGAUGAGAGUGGCCAAAGAUGCAUCUUUCACAUCCUUUUUUCCAAAGGAGCAGCUUCCCCUGACCAUGCCCCUGCGUGAAGCUACAUAUGUAGAGAUCUCUAUUGCCCAGCCGUCCCCAGACCCUACACUUUCCCUACGUGUGCGGGAUUGCUUUGCCUACCCUGCGUCUGAACACUCUGUGUGGACGCUGCUCUAUGAUGGAUGUCCCAACCCUUCGGAUAACAUGAGGAGCUCUGUUCCUGUGGACCACAUGGGGAAGACAACCUCCCUCUCUCAAGUCAGGAGGUUUGACGUCAAGACCUUUGCCUUCUUGGACCCUCUUACAGGCCAACCAAGUGUGGAGGAAAUAUACUUCUACUGUUGGGUGGAAAUCUGCGCAAAUGAUGAUCACUGUGCACAGAGCUGCACAAUCAUUUCAUCUGAGGGUGAAAGACAGAGAAGAGAUGUGAUGUCUGAGUCCCACCAGGUCAUGGUGGUCUCUUUAGGGCCACUGCUGCUGGGACAGAACAACACUGAACUGGAAGCCAGUGCAUGUGUGAAACGGAAGACAAUGUUUCAGGUGACUGUGUAUAUGCUCUCUGGUGUUUGUGCCGCCCUGCUAUUGAUCCUGCUGUUCACUGUAUGGUCAUGCAUCAGAAAGCAGCAGAAGCCAGACGCACAACAAGCUUGUGAUACACAAGUUGAAAGUGAACAAUCUCAAUAAAACAUUUCACUGUAAAUGC